ACUGCAUUGCCUGGCAACAGCACAUGUUAGAAAUGCCUUUUCUCGAAUCACGGGGACUGAGGUGCCAUGAACCUGUACAUCAGAAAAUAAAAUCCUGUAAGGCAACAUUUUAUCAAGAGACCCGUCAUUCAAUUAUGGGCUGUAAAGCUACUUGGCUUCCACUCGCCGACAAUCACGUACAGUCACCAUGGUUCACAAGCACAGCCUGCAUACACCACUAGCCAAAACUACAAGCAUACCUCAUGCACGCCGAUAACAGCUGCUACAUAUCGACUGUUUAAGUAGUAUUUUAUGUAUAAGGCAUAUCCUCAAGGCAUAUUUUGAAACUAUUAAUAUCUUCAAAAUGCUCCCGGAUAUCCGUUUCUUUUUGACCACGAACACAGACUCGGAAAGACGAGAUUUUUGAUGCGACAUGACAGACUCUCAGCCUUGCACCGUUUUUAGAAACUCCUUGACUUUGGAAAGAAGAAACGAGAGCGCAAUUUCCAGCUAUUGUGACUAUCGCCUAGAGAAUGGUUUCGACAAGUGUAUCAUCCUCUGCGCCAAACGUGGAAGACGAUAUUACGCUACGGACCUCGAAAUCGUCCAAGGUGAAUUUCUUGACGUCAAAAAAUUGCGCAAACAUCCGUCAAGCGGAGGUUGGUGGAAACGGUACUCACUUUACUCAGUGAGAGAAGUGAGGGAUGUAGUAGUUCAAGUUAUUGAGUGCCGCUUUGAUGCCUCCAAGCCUCGAUCAAUCGAGAUUCAUGUGGUAACUAGGGAUAUGACAAAUCUGGAGAGCAUUGAUAUGAUAAACCAGGCCAUUUCUGAAAUGGUGGAAGAAGGCUUCGAGCCGUGUGAAUGUGCCAUUGAUAUCAAUGGCGAUAUACAUAAUGAAUCAGUAAACUGCGCAAACACCACCUACAACGAAUUUGACGACCUUCAUUGCAGAGUUUGGAAGCUUCAUGAAUUGAAAAGGCAACGUUUAGAAUAUCAAUGGAUGAACCGCAUGACGGAGUACUAUUGGCAGAACGGCAUUGAAGCAAAAGGACUGGAGUUUUUGGAGAAAGCUGGUUUCAUUCAUACUUACGAAGGCUUGAAAUUUGACCAAUGCGGGGACGCGGCGAAUCCCUAUGGAAAUCAAAUCAAGGGGUUUCUAAUCGUCGAAGGCUGGCAUAUAAGAUACCUGCUUUUACUUAUUGCCGGAAGCCUACUUUGUGGUAUCGUCGCCGUUGCCAUCGCAGCAGCUGUGAGCCAAAGUCUUGAACUCGCGUUCACUGUAGGCAGUUAUGUGUGUGGUCUAGCUACGGCUCUGAUAGCAGUGUUUACUCUGGUCAGCGCCAUUGCUUGAACACAGGCGCUAAAACAAACGUCCAAUCCCGCAUUUUCCCCCCCAUACCUCAGAAUGUAUAGGCAGUGUAUUGGGUCUGUUUUGGCAGGUUCGAAGGAUCCCGUUUUCAGCCCCCAGGGAUCCCCAUUUUAGCCCUUCUUAAACAAGGGCCAUGACUCCUGGUUUCGCGAGGGUGCGUUGGUUCUGGAGAGCUUGAAUAUAGGAGGUAUGGAGGCGGACAUUGAGAGCUUCUGAAAUAUCUAAAAGGAUACAGGGACUAAAAGGUGCAAUAAUGUACGGUCUGAACUACGGUAGGGCUGUAAGCUCAGACCGCUCAAAGAGCCAUGUCAAGCUGCUAGAUCCAGUUACUGCAG